ACGUCUCCAUAUGUGCGCACAUGGAACAUCAUUGAACUGUUUGGUGAGUCGCACUCUGAAACCGGUGGUCUGGUCUCUCAGGUCAUGCGCUCAAAGCCCUCUUCCGCUCCCUCUGUGUGUGUGUGUACAAGAGACUACACAUAA